AUGGCUGAAGAGAUUCCUAAGACAUCUAAACAGUGGAGAGUCACUGGCUAUGAUGGAUUUGAUGCCCUGAAGUUCAUGGAGGAAGAAGUCCCUAUCCUUUCCGAUAAUUACGUACUCGUUAAAAGCGCAUCACUAAACUUUCGUGACAUUAUCAUUCCCCUUGGCAAGUAUCCAUUCUCUCAAAAGCCCAACGUCGUUCCCGGGUCGGAUGGAGCCGGAACAGUCAUCGCGGUUGGCAAAAAUGUUACGCGAUUCAGACCAGGGGAUAAGGUUGUUACGAUCCUCAACCAACGACAUUUGGCGGGGUCGAUGGAUGCUCAAGCCGCAGAUUCAGGGCUUGGUGGAUCAAUCGACGGAACAUUGCGCUCAGUCGGUGCGUUUGACGAGCAGGGACUUGUCAAGAUGCCGGAAGGCUUGAAAUUCAUCGAGGCUGCCACUCUUAGCUGCGCCGGUCUAACUGCCUGGAAUGCUCUUUUCGGAUUAUCAGCCAAGCAACUCAUGGCAGGCCAAUGGGUUUUAACACAAGGUACAGGAGGAGUCAGCUUAUUUGCUGUGCAGUUUGCCAAACUGGUUGGCGCUAGAGUCAUUGCAACAACGAGCUCUGAUGAAAAGGCCAAAUUACUUAAAAGUCUAGGUGCCGAUCACAUCAUCAACUAUCAAGAGACGCUAGACUGGGGAGAAGUCGCCAAGGAAUUGACUGGAGGAAUUGGUGUAGAUUUAGUCGUCGAGGUUGCAGGAGCAUCGACAAUGAAGCAGAGCGUUGCUAGUUUGAAGCUUGAUGGUACUAUGAGCGUUGUUGGUUUCGUUGGAGGCGAGGGCAACGGAGCAGAAGUUCCAAAUUUGUUAGAUCCGUGGCUUAAACAUUACACGGUUCGCGGCAUCUCAGUCGGUAGCCGGCAGCAAAUGGAGGCUAUGUGCCUUGCUAUUGAGGCCAAUUUGGACAAGCUUCGGCCGAUUGUUGACUCACGGGUAUUUGAACUUGAAGAGCUCAGAGAUGCCUACAAGUAUUUGCAAGCUGGAAAGAAUUUAGGGAAAGUUUGUAUCAACAUAGAAUAA